CCAUCUCGUGCACUUACUAGGAAGCUCACUUCCCCCUCUAAACGAGCUCCAUCUGUACAUUAAGCUCAUCCCCGUUGCCUAUUUAUACUUCCAUGAACACUCUUAGCAUCUCAUAUCAUCAUCAUCCGGUUAGCAAGCUGAGCAGUUCGGUGCGGAGAUCAGCAAUGGAGCAGCUGGCAGAGAUGAGAGCGGACUUGGCGGUGCAGUACCGAGGGGUGAGGAAGAGGAAGUGGGGAAAGUGGGUGUCGGAGAUCCGGGAGCCGGGGAAGAAGACCAGGAUUUGGCUGGGGAGCUUCGAGUCGGCGGAGAUGGCGGCGGUGGCGCACGACGUGGCGGCGCUGCGGCUCAAGGGGCGCGACGCGCAGCUCAACUUUCCGGAGUCGGCAGAGCAGCUGCCGCGGCCCAGGAGCUCGGAACCCAAGGACAUCCGGUCGGCGGCGCUCGAGGCGGCCGCGAGGCUCCGGUGCAGGACCACCGCCAGGGCGGGGAUAUCGGCCGGGCUGGAGCGGCUGGGGAACGACGAGCUCGGCCUCGACUCGCCCAGGUUGUGGGCGGAGCUGGCGGAGGCUCUGCUCCUGAGCCCACCCGCCUGGACCACUGAGGUGACCGAGCUGGAGGAGUGGGAACAGCACGGAUCGUUGUGGGAUCCCUUUCUGUGAACUAUUCCAUCUCCCUCACAGACUCUGCAUCAACUCUCGUCCUUGAUUUCGACGAGAAUGACCGAGUGUUUUCACUCCAAAAAGUUCUGUAAAUGUACGUGAUUGCUAAUGCAUGAAUGCUUACCCUUUCCUCCAA